UUUCAUGCGGAGAUCGCCACUUUUUUUUUUCUUCUCCGCCCUUCAACACAACCCAAUUCCAACUCCAAGACAGCCACUGUCAACCCUCUAAAAAUGGCACCGAAACGCACCCACGAUGGCGAUUCAGCCCCAGCAACAAAGGCCGAGCCCGCAAUCAAGAAGCGCAAGGGCUUCAGCGUUGGACCAGCAAACCUCCCAGACGGCACAUAUCGACGAAAGACCCAGAAGCUCAAAAACGACCUGAUCCAAAAAGCCAAAGUAAAGAAAGCCUACGCAAAGAUCAAAGCCCAAGAAGAAGCAAUCGCACCCAAAAAGUCCGUCUACGACACCUACGUAGACGAAGACGCCGAGACCGAAAAGAAAGAUGAACCCGCCGCCAAAGACGCCACAACUCUUGAACUGCACCCGGACCGUAUCGCCAUGUUGAACGAGCCCGAGCCUGAAGCUGCACCUGAGCGCGCACCUAGACCCGAACGCCGUCCGAGGGGAGAGGGACGCAGAGAGCGCAGACCUAAGCCUUCAGCGUUUUCGAAGGAGAUUGAAAUUGCUGAGGCAAGGAAGAGGGCUGCUGAGAAGAGGGAGAAGGAUCGCGAGGCUAAGCAGAAGGAGCGGGAGGCUAUGCUUCGGGCUAAGCGGCCUGAUCAGUUUGGGAAGAGGCGUUUGGGGAGGGAGAGUAAUGCGCUUUUGAGUCGUGUGCAGCGCAUGGUUGGACAGAAUUAG